AACUCAAUGGACUCCGGAAAUACAUGGAGACCGCGGAGCACCAUUGGGACUUGCUGGCCGAAAACAUCCUGGAGCCGCUUGGAUACCAUGAAAGACGUCGGAAUAAAUUUCCCCGGGACGAUGUUCUUUCUCUCGCUGGCGAUGAUUGCAAGGAUCUUAUCUCCGCUUCACGGAAGAUAUGCCACAACUUGUCGUUGAAGAAGAGCCACACCUGCGGUCUGCGCAAACUGGUCAAGAAAAUGGACAUUCUUCCGGAGCUGGUGACGGAUCUGCAAGCUUCAUCAGCCCGAGGCGCGGCUGCCAUGACUUUGACUAUGUGCUUGGCGCAUAACCCGGAGAUGGAUCUUGACCGGGUAACUACUGGUGUUCCUCCGACAGCAGAUGUCGGUGCGCUGCUAGACGCAGUAAGUGGCUAUGACACCCGCAUCGCGCGGAGGAUCCGUCACGAAGAAUUCUACGACAAGGUGGUUCUUCCUGCGGACGAGCCCCUUGAAGCCGAACUUCAAAAAGAGCGCGACGCGGAAACCCGACCUGCGGAAUCCGGGACUCAGUUUACCUGGACCAGCUCCAAGGAUGCUCCCCAAGAGGAACCCAAGUCCAGCGCUACAACUUCCGAAGAAGAAGAAGAGAGUGAGGAAGAUGUAUCGUCUCCGGCUGAGGACGCCAAGGAGAAAGAUCCAGAGGGCAAUGCUUCUACGUCCAAGGCGGAGUGAAAAC